CAGCUGGCAUCCAAGACCUAUUCAGAGAUUGUCGGUAUCCCGUCGACCACUGGCGCAAAUCAACUCCGGCGGUUCCAUCCAUACACCAAAUAACUUCCCCAAACAAACAAAAAACCUCACUCGAUCCAAUCAUGCAGCUCAAAUCACUCGCGCUGCUGCUCAUUGCAGCUGCUUUGGUGAUGGGUCAAGAGGAGCAGCCGCAACGGGAACGUCAGCGCCAAUUGGCCGCUAACCGACGCAACAAGUUGAUUGAAGAAGCUCAGAGCAACCGGGCGACGUCACCGGUGGUGGCUCCCAAGCGCCGCAUCGUGUCCAGGACUCGCGUUUCCACCACCACUGCUCCUCUGCGUGCCUCACUCCGAACGACCGAAGCUCCGGUCAUCACCACUGCGGCUCCCACGACGACGGAAGCGGCGACGGAAGCAGUCAUCGCUACCGAAACGACCUCCUUCGCCGAUUUCAGCACCGUUUUCACCGAUGCUCCUCAAGAGCCGGCCCGUGAAGAAAUCCAGCAGCGACCACAACAAGAAAUCCAAUCUGAACCUCAAGAGGAAGUCAUCCGCGGAGCCCUUCCAUCUCGCCCAGGUUUCCGUCCCGUCCUCCGCCCGGUGGUUGAACAGGAAAGGCCAGCCGAUGAGCCCAUCGUCUUCCGCCCUCGCCCAUUCCGUCCCCUAGAAGAAAUUGAGCAAACCGUUGCGGAAGAAGUGGCCGAACCCGUUCAAGAGCAAGUCCAGCCCAUCCGCCAGCGCCCAGUUGAGCAGCAACAGCCCCGUACCGUCCGCCCAUUGGCUGGCCCUACCCGCAACCGCGUCCAGCCAGCACCGGCUCGCGUCCAGCAAGAGGAAGAAAUCGAAUUUCCCAGCCGCGCUCCGGCUCUGAGCAAACCGUCCCGCCCUCAAUCGUCCCGCCAGCCCCUCCAACUGGAAGAGGAGCAACCCAAGAAAAAGUUCGUGGAAACGACCCGCCGCUACCAGUUCACGUCUCCCGACGGCUCCUUCACGUUCGGUUACGAAAACGCCGACGGCUCCUUCAAGGAGGAGACCCGCGGAGUCGAUUGCGUCGUUCACGGCAAAUACGGGUACGUCGAAGAGGACGGCACUCGUCGCGAGUUCACCUACCAGACCGGCAACCCGUGCGACCCCAACGCCGCCCCUUUUGAAGAAGCUCCUCUUGAAGACGAGAUUGUCCAGGCCCCUGUCCAGUCCAGACGUCCCAUCACCACUCCGCGACCCGUCGCCCGACCUGUUCCUGCCCCCGAAGCUCGUCGUCCCGAACCAACUCGCCAAGAAGCUCCUCGCCAAGAAGCUCCUCGUCCCGCACCAGCUCGCCAGGAGGCCCCCGUCGCCGAACGCCGCCCAGCCUCUUUCCCCACUUUCCAGCAAGCCCAGCAAACCCAACAAGAGAGCAGCGUCGUCGAUGAAGAGCGCGAAAUCGAACAGGUUUUGAACACCCCGACCCGCAUUAACCGGCCCGCUGCUGCUCCUCGCCCUCAGCCACGUCCGGCUCCUCAGCCCCGCCCAGCUCCUCAGCCCCGCCCGGCCCCUCAACCUCGUCCUGAAGAACAGGAGGCCCCAGUUGCUGCUGCCCCUCGUCCCCGACCCCAACAAUCAGGAGCUUCCGUUUUCGAUCAAUUGGUCGUCAACUUUGACGCUAAGCCGACGGAUAUCGUCCACCUUCAACCGGCCGCUGCCCAGGAGCCUCAAUCCCCACCCCAAGAGGAAGUCAUCCGAGGAGCCCUUCCUUCUCGCCCAGGAUUCCGUCCAGUCUUGACUCCCGCCGCCCCCCGUCCCGCUCCCCGUCCCGAGCGACCCAUUUUCCAAGAGGAGGAAGAAGUUUUCGUCCAGCGCAAUGAACGACCAAGACAAGAACCCGUCGAGUCCGCCCGCCCGACUGGCCAGCGAAGCUUCGCCACCGAACUGGUUUUCGACCCCCGCAACAACCAAUUCCAAGCGGCCACCCAACAGUUCAUUCCGGCCACCCAGGAAGACUUCCGUUUCCGCGACCAGCUCAUCGCUUUCGCUCCCACCACCACCCCCAGACCUGGCCAGCAGCGCGAGCAACCCAGGGAACAACCCAGGGAACAGCCCAGGGAACAGCCCAGGGAACAGCCCAGGGAACAGCCCCAACGCGAGCAGCGCCCUCAAUUCCCGCAGUUGAACGAAAACACGCAAGUGUUCCAGACUCCCUCGUUCCAGGAGCAGCGCCCAGUCCUUCCUCAAUUCCAGACCAACAUCGGCGAUCAGGAGCGCGCCCGCCAGGACGCGGAAGUCCGUCGCCAGCAGCAGGAACAGCAGCGGCUGGCCGACGAACGCCAGCGCAUUGCCGAGGAGAACGACCGCCGUCGUCUGCAGCCGGCCGUCGUAUUCGCUCCUCUCUCCCAGCAAGGCGGCGCUCCGCAGCGAUUCGCCGACCAGCAGUUCCCUGGUCAAUUCCAGCAGCCCAGGCCGCAGUUCCAGCCGCAACCGCAGUCACCCAGCAGGGUGGUCCCGCAAGAGGCCCGCCCGACUUUCGCCAGCGGCCAGAUCGACUCUUUCCUGAGCACACUCUAAAAAACAAACAAAUCAGCUAACCCGUUUUCUCUCUUCAUCAUUAAAUUGUGUGUUUUUGUUUCACUCUUUAAUUUCGAUUAAUUACCCACAUUUCGCUUCUUCUUCUUCUUUUCCUUUUGAUGAUUGUACGACGCAUUUUCUUGGCGGCCGUCACGUGCCGUUUCGUCACGAUCGAGUUGCGCUCCAACGACCAACUCGCCUUUUUUAUUUCUUAACAAAAAAAAAAUGGGAGAGAUGUUAGAACAACCAGUCAACCGAUUCAUGUGAAUCGCCGCAAAAUCAGAUCCGUUGCAACCGCGUUAAUAUAAUUAGAUGCCGGGCAGACAAAACAAAACAGUUUGGGGGGGAAAGACACACUCUCUUAUUCUCUCUGUGCUUGAUACUUUGUCGUUUUUAAAAGUCCGUGUCUUCUUUUUUUCAUUUUAAAAUUUGACUUUCUCAUUUAGAAAAAUCUAAUUCACCACCAGCAACAGCAGCCCCCUUCCAAAACACCGAAAACUUCAAUCGAAGUCGCAAAGAGAAAUUCAGUCGCGGAUCGUAACGAGCUGAGAAAGUUGCGCAAAACAAAACAUAAAAGUAUCUUAAUUAUUCUUGAUCCCAUCCAUCUGUUAUACACACACGCUCAGUUUUCUCUUAUGAUGAUUACGACUAACCCACACCAUGUAAAUAAUUGAGAAUACACAUCUAUACUUGAUAUAA